UGUAGGUUAUCUUAUUGUUUUUAAAGUAAUUUGGACUAUUUACUCAAUAAUAUGGGUGAUACUGGAAGGAUUUUGGUGCUAUACGGAAGCCAAACAUUCACCGCUCAGGAAGUAGCUGAAAGAAUAUGGCGGAGUACAAAAGUUUUAGGUUUUCGAGGUCCUGUAAAGGCAAUGGAUGAUUAUCCUAUUUCCAAGUUGAUUCAUGAGGAGUUUGCGAUAUUUGUGUGUGCUACGACUGGUCAGGGGGAUCAGCCGGACAAUAUGAAGAAGUUCUGGAAAUUUCUGCUCAGAAGAAACUUGCCUUCAAACUCUUUGGUGAAGUUAAAGUUUGGGGUCCUAGGGUUAGGGGAUUCUUCGUAUGCGAAGUUCAAUUUUGUUGGGAAACUGCUGCACAAGCGUCUCUUGCAACUUGGAGCUACGCCGCUACUAGAUAUUGGCCUCUGUGAUUACCAACAUGACUUGGGCCACGAUGGGGUAAUUAUACCAUGGAUAAAGAACUACUUUUCUCAUCUUCAAACAUACUUUCCAAACAUCAAAACAGUCAGUUUAACCACAAACUUUACACCACGAUGGAAAGUCUCAUUAUUGAAAAAUGCUAAAAGUGAGUCCAUAGACGAUUUAAAUAAUGAUAUUUACUUCUCCAAAGGCUGUAAAGAUGAGUUCCUUGACAGCAGACUGUUAGAAAUAGAAAAAAAUGAGAGGACCACUCAUACAUCUCAUUUCCAGGAUGUAAGGUUAGUGACCCUAAAAAUAACUGAUAGCACAAAACUAGAGUACAAGCCAGGAGAUGUGUUCAACAUCAGACCAAGAAAUAGCAAGGAAGACAUAGAUGACAUAUUUGGGAUAUUUGAAACUCACAGUAUUGAUAUAAAGCCUCACUAUAGAUUAAUGGUAGAAGAAUUUCAUGACGACAUGUUGGUACCAGAAUUUCUACAAACUCCACUGACCAUGUACGAAAUAGCUGAACAGUAUUGGGACCUCAAAGCGUACCCCACGCAAUACGUCUUCUCUCUUCUGGCGUUGAUCUCUGAAGAUAAGUUGGAAAGAGAAAAAUGCUUAGAACUUAGCUCCCCUGAAGGUCAGGAGGAUUGGUUGAAUUAUUGCAGAAGACCGAAGCGGACGAUACUCGAGGUACUCCACGACUUCCACAAAUCGGCAUCCAAAUUGACAAUCGAAUAUCUAUUCGAGCUCUUCUCCACAAUAAAGCCCCGUUCGUUCUCAAUCGCCAGCAGUUGCUUGCCCAGUGCAAGCCAAAAGCUAGACUUGUUGAUGGCAGUAGUGAAUUAUCAUACUAAACUGAAGAAAGCGCGAUUGGGUUUAUGUUCCAACUGGUUAGCAAGCCUAAAUGUUGGGGAUAGAGUGUACGGCUGGAUCAAAGAUGGGAGCCUGAAGUUUCCUGAACCGACAACCCCACACAUUUUAAUAGGUCCAGGAACAGGACUGGCUCCAUUCAGAAGUCUAAUUCAAGAGUACGAAUUCAACGGAACCCUGGACAAAGAAAACCUUCACCUCUUCUUUGGAUGUCGGUAUAAAGAGAAAGACUUCCACUGCAGAGAAGAAUGGGAGAGACUUGUGGACGAAGGGAAGCUGACGUUGUAUGGCGCAUUUUCGAGAGACCAAGAUAAUAAAAUAUACGUGCAACACAAAAUAGCAGAACAUGGCGAUAAACUCUGGCCCCUCAUCAGUAAAAGAAACGCACACGUCUACAUAUCUGGCAACGCUAAGAACAUGCCGGACAAUGUUAAAGACGCUUUUGUGGAUAUAUUCAAACAAAACGGGAAUUUACCUGAAGAUAAGGCCAAGGAAAUGCUUGGAGAUAUUGAGAAGAAUGGACGGUUGCAAGUGGAAGCUUGGUGAUUAAAAAAAAGCCUUCUAGCAGGAUUGAAAAAUGUCUUCACGCUGGUUUUAUGCUGUUUGUAUGGCUAUCUCCUAUGGCCUAUUUUACUACCCAGCUGAAAGUGUGGCGUAGGGAAUAUAUUGGAAAAUAAAUGUUUAAUUCAUGAAAUG